GUACUUCACGUAGACGGAGCGCGGCGCAGUAGGAGCGUACAUUUCGUGGACGCUGUCUUCGUGAAAGAGGUAGGUGAGCGUCGCGGGUGAAAUAAAAAGAACAAAAACGAGCCAAACGAAAGAAUUCUCGUAUUCUGUUGAUCAGAGCGGUACGGUGAGGGAGUGGUGUCGGGGCGAUAGAAAAAAAUAGUGUCCACGGUACCGUGAUUUUUUUUGGUGUGUUGAAGUGAUAUUACGACAGUGCCUUAUAAGAGGAUUAACGUUUGUUACCACGUGGAUACAAAGUUAAUUGGUUCAUAGGUGUGUUAUUUGUUUAUUUUUUUUUUCAUAUUUUUUUUCAUUUUUACGAACUUACCCGUUCUGAAGAAAUUCUCUACACCGUGGAACUAUUGGUGAAAAGAGAGUAUCUAGACUUAGGUUAAGAUGUCACACCACAGCGACGACAACAUGCUCAUAGCGACCUCGGACUCGUUCUGGGAGCCCGGAAAUUACAAACGAACGACAAAGAGAAUCGAGGACGGUCACAAGCUCUGCGACAGUCUGAUAGCUCUCGUUCAAGAACGAGCAGAGAUUGAAAAAAAUUAUGCUAAAGCGUUGAAAGGAUGGUCGAAAAAUUGGAACGAGAAAAUCGAAAAAGGACCGGAAUACGGUACAACCGAAGCCGCGUGGAAAGGCGUACUCGUCGAGUCCGACAGGUUGUGCGAUCUUCAUCUCAGGGUCAAGGAGAAUCUAUGCAACGACGUCGUACAACAAGUCAAGACGUGGCAGAAGGACACUUAUCACAAGUCUAUGAUGACAUUGAAAGAGCGAAAGGAGAUGGAAGAUGCGUUCAAAAAGGCUCAGAAACCUUGGGGAAAGUUAUUGCAAAAGGUGGAAAAGGCGAAAUCGGAUUACCACAAUAGCUGUAAGACUGAACGUACCGCAGCGAACAUGGAGAGAAACGCGUCCGCCGAUAGUUCGCUUUCGCCUGAUCAGAUGACAAAUUGUGGAUGUGGUGCAUGGAGCCAAAGAGUUCGAAAAACCGUUAGGAAUACUAAGAUAGGCGACGUUCAGCUUGUUGUAAAAAAGAUGCAGGAUCGAGUACAAAAAACGAAAGAAGAAGUACAGAAGGCGAAAGAAAAAUACGAGGCGGCACUGCAAGAAAUCAAUCAAUACAAUCCAAAAUAUAUGGAGGACAUGACUCAAGUGUUUGAAAAGUGCCAAGAAAUGGAAGCCCAAAGACUUCAAUUCUUCAAGGACGUACUCUUCGGCAUUCACAAAUGCCUCAACAUAUCUCAGGACCCACUUCUUCCACAAAUUUACGAAGAAUUUUACCACACGAUAAGCAAUGCCGACCACGAGAAGGACCUCAAAUGGUGGUCGAACAACCAUGGAGUCAACAUGGCCAUGAACUGGCCACAAUUCGAGGAUUAUACAGAGGAAUUUCGCGACAUCACGAAAGGCUCCAAAUCUAAGGAAGCUCUGCCCGCCGGAUCCAUCACACUUAUCAAUCAACGCCCGGUCGGCGAGGAUUUGCCUGAAAAAUUGGAACAGGAAUUCCCACCGGUCAAUCACAAAAUGAAAGCGAAGCCCGCGGCGAGGGUGAUUUCCGCAGACAGCGAGCACGGUGACAGUAAAACGGACAGUAUCGAAUCGACGAAAAACACAUCGGAAAAGAAUCACGAUGGCAAUUCGGUCAACAGGAAUUCUACUAUUACAAACGGAACGAACGCCAAGCAAGAAACGAGUCCCUUCGACGAGGAGGAGUGGGAUGACGAGGUUGGGGGUGAAGCCCUCGUCGAUACCGGCGAGCCCGGUGUACCCGUCAGAGCUCUCUACGAUUACGAAGGUGCAGAAGCCGACGAGCUCAGUUUUAAACAAGGUGAAGUUUUCGAAAAGUUGGAAGACGAGGACGAGCAGGGCUGGUGUAAGGGCAGAAAAGAUGGCAGAGUUGGACUUUAUCCAGCGAACUACGUCGACCUGGUGUCCGAAUAAAGAAAAAGAAAUAAAUUAAUCAAUCAGAGUGGAAAUUUUUUCGAAAACUGUGUAACGCCAAAUACAAAAAAAAAAGCAGCAACGGCCUGAAUUUCUCGUGAUCUUUGGAGAAACGGCUACUUAAAAUUAAUUGCGCGGAAUAGGGAAAAAACGAAUACAAAAAUCCCAAUUUCUGAGCCAAAUGUUUUGGCGAUCGCACGCGUACGUUAUAUUUUCUCGUAUCUCUAAAAUUGUAUAUUGCGUACCUGCUGGAGGGGACUUGAAAUUCGUCAUUCUCGAAACCCUGAUUUUUCAAAUAACAUUAUUAUUUUUCGUUUUUUUUUUUGUUUAUCAAAAAAUCAUUCGGACAAUUUCUGUCUCGAUACAAUUCGCUUUUUUUUAAGCGAAAAGAGGAAGAAUUGUCGAUCCUAGUGAAAUGGGCCUUGAGCGAGAAAAACCGUGUGUAUGCCAAUUAUUGUAUUUAAUUCCUUUUGUAAUUUUCAAAAUGUACAGUCAUACGUUUUUAUGACUUAUUAACUAUUGUUAUUAUCUAUAGCCCUGAUUUUUUAGGCUGAUAAAACAAUACAAAUUCUAUUUAAUUUAAUAUUAUUAUUAGAAAAAGAGAGAAGUGAAGAAGCAAUGAAAAAAAAUGAUAAACGAAAAACCCCAAAAAUGGUAUAUAAAAAUAUACUGUGAGCGAGCUGAAGAGCAAGAGAUAACGAGCGAGAAAAACUUCUAUUUAAAUGGUGUCAUUGUACAUAAUAGAAUGUAAAAAAAAUAACAGAAUAUAGCAAUAUACAAAAUGUAGGUAUCAUAUUAAGGAAACUACACAUCGAGUCGGAUUGUCGAGAAAUCGAUGUCCCGCGGACACAUUAUUCUCGACUAGAAUCCAAUUUCAGUGUCGAAAGGUCUAAAAUGAUUUCAGUUUCAUAUUCAUAUUACUAGAAAGAGUUCAGAAAUAUAGCAGUCUGUUUGUUUUUUUUUUUUUAUUCAUUCCGCCUAGGUUUUUAAUGUGGAAAAAAAACAGGGAAUAUUCAUAUGAAAAAAUGGCAUUCACGGCUUUUUGACACUUUUCACACGAGAAUUUCGAAAUAUUUGAGAAUCUAGAAGACUCUUGUCUGUACGAUGAAACAAAUUGCUCGAACUAUUGUGUUCGUUGACAGGGACGAAUCUGGGACCUAAAACACGUAAUCCAUGAUUUUCUAUACAUUUUUUUUUUUUUUUUAUAUAUAUAUCGUUUUCCAAAUGUUCGAUCUAACUCAACCGUGUUUUCGAGGGAUACGAAGAAUCAUAAUCGUCUAAGCCAAAAAUUCUUUUUGUGGUUCGAAAAAACCACGGGUACAUUCAUCGUUUAUGGAUGAAAAAUACGAUGCAUUUUUAAAAUAGUAAUUUAUCGCGUAAUAAUAUAAAUUUUAUGGAAAAACGUUGAAAUCUAUUCUCGUUGUUUUUUUUUUUUUUUUUUUGAUGCGUUGGGUUUAUAUGCUACAUUGGCAAAAAAAAUCAUUAAAUUAAAUCGUUUGUUAGAAAUAUUGUUGCAAAAAAAAUCAGUCAAAUCUCAGAGCGACUCUUAUCUCUAAUCUCUUACCCUGAAUUAUUUCCGAAAAACAUUUUCAUGUGGUGAGGCUACGUUGAUCAGCUGCGUAAACAAGAAAAAACAAAUGAGAUAUAUAUACAUAUAUAUAUAUUUAUAAAUAUUUUCGUGGGACCGUAUCUCCGAUAAUGUACUAAAAAAAAUGAGAAACUGUUCGACGGAAUAUAAAAAAAAUUAUAGAGGAACCCGUACUAUAUAUUCAUCGUAUUAUGAGCAGUAUCCAAAUAUUAGGGUACCCGAUGGGGUUGGGGCAUGCAAAAAAAAACGAAGAAAGAAAACAAGAACCGUUCCUUGUGUGAAUAAAGUUGUGUAUCGAUGUUUAAGAAGCAAACAUCGACUUAAUGUAAAUAAAUAAGUAUAGAAGAUA